GUAGAUGGGCGUGAUCAUUAUGAACAUCAACAAAAGAGAGAAGAGAAAGGAGAAAGAAGACGAGACAAGACAACAGAGAUGUGGAUUUAACCUGCAAUAAAACAGUGAAAAUACUGUGGUAAAAAACAAGAGAUCACUUCCUCCAGUGCCAGCUGAGUCAUGGACGCCUUCAAGCUGAUGAAGGAGCUGAGGGUGAACUAUGAGCAGGAGGCUUAUUAUCUCCCUAAAGAGACGGGGCUGAGCCUCAUCGAAUCCACGACAGAGGAUGACAGGUGGAUCUCGGCCAAGUGCAGAGAUGCCAAAGUGGAGGACCUGUGGAGUCUGACCAGCUUCUUCGGUUACAGCACGCAGACCUUCGUCCUGGCCGUUAACCUGCUGGACAGAUUCCUGGCCAUGAUUAGGAUCCAGCAGAAGCACCUGUCCUGCGUCAGCAUCAGCUGCCUCCACAUGGCGGCCAAAGUGACGGAGGAGGAGUGCGACCUGGCGCCCACCGACGAGCUCAUCCGCAUCGGCCAGUGCCGGUUCACCGUGUCCGACCUCUGCCGCAUGGAGAAUAUCGUCGCCGAGAAGCUCGACUUCAAGUCCAAAGCCAUCACUGCCUUAACUUUUCUGCACUUGUACCACCAGAUCGCACUUUCGCACUCCACAGACAGGAAGGAGACUCUGAGCCUGGAGAAGCUGGAAGCUCAACUUAAAGCCUGUCUGUGCCGGAUCUCCUUCUCUAAAGCAAAGCCGUCCGUCCUAGCCCUGUCGCUCCUGAGGCAGGAGAUCGAAGCCGCUCAGUCGGGGGAUAAGUUGGAAAUAGCCUAUCACAUCCAGAGACAUCUAAAGAUUACGGACGGCGAGCUGCUGCUGUGGAGUGAGCGGGUGGCUCUGUGCCUGUCGGACUACGCCUCCCCUGAAUGCAGCAAACCCAACCACAGGAAGCUGCAGUGGAUUGUGUCGCGGCGGACCGCCCAGAACCUGCACAGCUUCCGCAUCGUCCCUGAGAUGCCCACCAUCCCAGAGGAUUGCUGGGACGAGAGCGAGAGUGAGGACUCCUGUGAGGACAUGAUGAGUUCAGGUGAGGAGUCUCUCAGCAGCUCUCCGGGCAGCGACGCCGAAGGGCCCUACUUCCCUCUGCACCUCCGCCGCCAAAAACACCGCCAACACCUCCACGCCUGAUGCCCUCCCCCCCAGUGCCUCGCCGUCUCAUCCCCUUCCCCCUCUUUACCCAAAGUCUUUAAUUUAUUGUUCAAUAAGCUCCGGUGCUGGUGGAGAGUCUCACAACAACAACAACUGGCAGCUGAGCAGUCCGGACUCUUCCUGGUAGAUUUUUUUAGUUUGUAGCCGUGUUGGUGCAUGUUGAGAUGUCACAUUCCAGGAUGCCAGAUUUUAAGGAUAUACAAUGUAUGUUAGAUAACGUCUGGUCUUUAAAAAAGGCGCUGAGCUAGCAGACCCUGCAGUCCGAUAAGAAACUUCUCAACCUCAGACGUCUGUUCAGACCAGAAACUGUUCACGUUGUCGACAAGAAGAUAAUUUGCCAAAACGUGGUAUUUAUUUAAUAGAAUGUUUUUUUUGGACUGUUAUUAAUCCAAGACUGCUUUUAUUAAGGGUAGGAGUUUUCUUGAUGUACAGAAGCUGAGAGCGACUGUGGGUGGUGAUCAAAACGUUUAAUUUAUGACUUAAGACCUCUAAUGUAAGGUACUGAUUCUGAGAUACAGACUCACUGAAGUCCUGAUCACCACUAAACGGUCUUUAUUUUCUAGUUAACAGGGUUGAAAAGUAAAUUUGUUUGUCAUUUCUUGAGAUAACUGCGUUGUGAUCUCCUGACAGAAAACCUUUAGUGCGCACGUCUGCUCUCAUCUUCUGUAGUAAACUUUUUAUUUGCACAGUUUUCUUUUUAUGUCAUUUUGAAGUGUUAAAUGGUCAGACUGGAGGUUUGACUUUGUGUCUUGGAGGUGAAACUCUGCUGUGUCAGAAGUUGUUCAGUGUGUUCAGUCAGGGUGACGUGCCUUGCUCAAAGGCAGCGGGGGGCAGAGAGCGUUCAGGUUCAAACCCUGCUGAUGAAAACAUUUAAUGAGUGUGUGUUUGUGGAUGUGUGCACGUAUGACCCUGGUUUAAAAUGGUAGGAUGUAGCUUACAAAAAAAAGUUUGGUGUUUUGAGACUGUUAGGUGAGAAUGCUGUAUGGAACUAAAUGAUGCCGACGGUGUUAAAAAAAAAAGUCGAAAAUUUCAAAAAUGUAAAAAAAAUGUUAAUACAAAAACAUGUAAAACUGUAAAUGAUGUACAAAAAAAAAAAAAUGUUAAUAGUUCUUUUGUAGAUAUUAAGUUAUUUAUUCUCUUUUUGUCACUGUACUGAAAAAAAGUCUAAAAUCUUAUAAAAAUAUUAUUUUUAA